UCUGCAGCUAAAGCAUCACUCUGUGACUGGAAGCGGAAGAGAUCUUAAGAAAAUGUGACCAGGCCCUGCAAGAGAAUAUCAUCCUGUCCCCAAAGGUCCAACUCAUGGUUAGGUCACCAUGUGGAUCUCCUUGGGCAUCUUCUACUACCUAGGUUUGGGGAAUCUGUUUUCUUUUUGCCUUUCGUGCCCUUCUCAGUGCAGCUGUACCUUUUACUCUCGCAGUGACCCUCCCAGUAACCUCAGAGAAGUGCUUUGUAAUGACCCUGAGAUGACACUAACGCCAGUGAAUAUUCCAGUAGAUACUUUCAAACUUCGCAUAGAGAAAACCUCCAUUCGCCAAGUGCAAGGGGAAGCUUUCCGUCUCCUCACCAAUCUGGAAUUUCUGUGGAUGCCCUAUAAUUCUGUGGAGAGCAUGAGCAUGCUUACAUUACGAGGGUUGCACCAACUGCAGGAGCUCAGGCUGGAUGGCAAUGACCUUACAUCUUUCCCAUGGGAAUCUUUGACCUACACUCCUCGUCUGAGAUUACUUGAUUUGCACAAUAAUGAACUUUCUGCCAUACCAAAAGAUGCAGCACGCUUUAUGAAGAACAUUACAUAUCUUGACAUCUCAAGCAACAAACUUAUGACACUUCCUCAGGAACUUAUUGCGUCUUGGUUAAAUCUUCACUCAGCCUCAUAUUUCUCCAGUGGUUAUUCUACUGUGAUCCUGGGCCUUCAAGAUAAUCCUUGGCAGUGUGAUUGCAGUUUAUAUGAAAUGGUCCAUUUCCUCAACUUCCAUUCUCCUUCUGUGGCCUUCAUAGAACCUCAGCUACAGUGUGCUUCUCCUCAAAGUCUGUCUGGCAUCCCCUUCAGCCAGGUUGAGCUUAGGAAAUGUCAAAGUCCAGUUAUUCAGGCAUCUGCGGCAAAACUGAAGACCAUGGUUGGUAGUACAGUCUUACUACGAUGCGGCACUAUGGGUGUCCCAGUUCCUGAACUUAGCUGGAGAAGAACUGAUGGGAUUCAGAUAAAUGGAACAGUGCAUCAGGAAAUCUCAAGUGAAGGAAUGAGCUGGUCAAUGAUAACUGUGCCUAAUGUCUCUUAUAAAGAUUCUGGAGAAUAUAUUUGUAAAGCCAAAAAUAAUGUGGGUAUGACAGAAGCUUUUAUAUCCGUUUUGGUCACUGACUCCAACACCACAGAUGAACAAAAUGAUAAAGGAACUAUUCUGCCCACGGUAGUGACCUCCAACAUCCAACAAUACCGAAAAGACAGCAGUAAAGAUGUACUCAGCAAUGAAGUUCAGCAUUUUAAUCCAAACCCAGGAGUAGGCUUGGUGCCGGACAGCAAGGAUCCAAAUAAUAUUAUUCCACUUUUGCCAACAACACUGCCAGAGACUGAGCGUCUGGUCAGAGGAGUUAAAGUUAUUGGAGAUACAGACCAUAGUGUCUCUUUGGCAUGGAAAGCUCCUCUUGCUAAAAACAAUACUGUAUUUAGCGUGCUCUAUGCAAUAUUUGGAGAACGAGAUAUGCGAAGGAUUAGCGUGGAGCCUGGCAAGACAAAGAUCACAAUUGAUGGUUUGAUGCCCCAGACUAAGUAUAUUGCCUGUGUUUCAGUAAAAGGGUUAAUACCCAAAAAGGAACAAUGUAUCAUCUUUUCCACUGAUGAAGCAGCCAGUGCUGGUGGGACACAAAAACUUAUUAAUGUGGUAGUCAUCAGUGUGGCUUGUGUUAUUGCAGUCCCUCUAACCUUGGUGGUCUGCUGUGGGGCUUUAAAAAGACGUUGCACGAAGGGCUUCGGUAGGAGAUCCAAGGACAUACAAGACUCUUAUGUCACAUUUGAAAGCCUUGCCGUAACUCCAAAAACGAAGGGGGCUGAUGGAGAAUAUCUAACUAGGCAUACUCCAGAUGAAUCCAACAGACUUCUAUCUCCACGGUCAAGUGUAGAUUCCGAGGCAAUAACAAAAGCAGGACAAGCCAAUGAAUUCUUUUGCUGAUAAAUGGUGAAUGCAAACUUUGGUCAGCAAUAUUACCAUUGUGACUGUAUUGGUUACUGUAUCAAUUGAAGAAAUCCACAAUGUGCCAGCACAGUACACAUUCAUGAAGCUGAACAUUGCCAGAGUCCUACCUAACCCUUCAUUUCUUUUUUAUGUAAAAUAUUUGCUAAAGUUCAAGGCAGUAUUGUUGAGUGUAUUGUGCAUCCUAAAAUGCUCCUUAAAGAAGUUAUAAACAAUUCAUUGCCACAAUUCCAAAUAAGUUUUUAUUUUUGCUUUGAUUUGGAAUUAUUUUGAGAAGAUUAUGUACUGUGAUUUUCACUUUGUUACUAUUAAUAAUAACUGUUAUCUACCAAUGAUUUGUUUUAAAAGGAACACUGAGGUGUGAUUAUCUUAUAUGGGCAUGCAUUUACUGUAUGUAAUGAUUUAUUUAUUAUUUAUUCAUUCUCUAUUCAUCCAUCUCCAUCUCAAACUUUUAGGACUUUUUCAGGCUUGCAUUGGGUUCCCUUACAAAUUGCCAUUUAAUGAAAUGAAUCAAUUAAGUACAAACUUUGCUUUCUCUAAUAAGGGCUAGCACAUCUACUGCUGAACACAAUAUGAGCUAAAGGAGAUGCUGUACUUCCCCCUGGCACAUUCAAUUUGGUUAUUUUUUUCUGCCAUUGCUAUACAUGUUAUGUUGCAUAUUGCUGUCACCCAACAAUAGGUCUAUUCUCCGUUAUAUUACAAAAACAAUUAAGAAAACCAGUUUGUAGUUAUCAACAUCAAUAAGUUCUUCUAAAAAGUGUAUUUGCUUUCAAAAAAUUCCCCCAAAACAUCAUUAAAGACAUCAUUAAAAUGUUUUUCAAUUGUGCCUAAAACCUGUGUGUAGUAAUGUGUAACAUACAGUGGUGGUGUAAAAAGUGCAUUUGUCUUUAUCUUUUCACAGUUGUAACUGAUUCUGCUUGAUUUUAGUUCAUCGUGUGAACUGUAUCUCGUUCCCCCAUUUGGCGAAUGUUACCAUAUGUAUGUACUUGUAUUAUCUACAGUGUAGGAUUGAGUCAAAUUUGCAAUUUCAACAAAAAUAAAUGUAAAAAGUCACAUA